AUGGACAAAGAUGACGAAAAUGUGAAACAUUUUAAUCCCAAUGGACUUUUGCGAACCGGCAUCUGUUUUGGCUUUCGACAGAUAGUCAUUGGAACACUUCUAAGGGUACAGUUUCCAUCGAAUGCUUCAAAUGAAGCCUUGCACCUAGCUGUAACUUACGCAGACCGAUUCAUAUGGACACAAGAAACAAAUCCUUUAGGGUAUGGGUCAAUGGCCCAUGGAGCUCUGUGGCUAGCGGUUAAGGUCUUGACCCCGGAGACACCUGUUACAUGUCCAUUAAUGGAAGCCAUGACUUCGGGAUACCUCACUGUGGAAGAGAUAGAAGAGUGGGCAGAGUAUCUGCGACUCAACCUUGGGCCCGAUCUUCACUAUCCCACUCCACACUCCUACCUUGAUAAAUUCUUGAAGGAGAGCUGUGACCUCCCAGCCUACCAUAUCAAACUGAUAAUUAGAGUUUGUCAUUAUCUACUUGACCUGGGCCUAAUGGAGCACGAUUUGGGAAGACGACCGGCGUAUUUGCGGUGUGCAGGAAUGAUCUACUUCCUUCGCCGUCUCCUUCGGUUCACGGGCCAUGUUUUAGGUGGAUCACCCUCCCAGCAUGAAUACACGGCAUUGAGUUAUUGGCCGUUGGAGUUGGAGAGGUGUUCCGGGUGCAAAGAGGAUGAAAAUCUCAAAGAAGUUGCCUCCACCUAUGGUAGAUUACUGGAGGAAACCAAGAAGUACCAACAACAAUGCGCACAAUCUCCUCUCGUUUUCAUGCCCAUAGUUGAAAAAUAUCUGGACCGUGUGUACGGUGGAGUGGCAGCUCAUCCACUCGUGACGGACUUCGAGCUAGAAAAGGUCAUGUGUCCAAAUGAAGAGGAAUGA